AGAAACUCGGAGCAUGAAAUUUUCUUCUAUUGAAUAGAUACAAAAACAGAAAGUAGCGCAAAAGGAAAAAACAAAAAUAAGAAUCGGUGGACUUCGUCAAGACGGGUGAACGCUGACGGAGUUGUCCGAAGGUAAACGCCUUUCUCCGAGUAUCUCUUUUGUUGCCGAGUGAUCAUUUCGCUGUUAAGGCCACAACCCAAAGUUCGUGCACACAAUAGCCGACAAAAUGGGCUUAGAUCUAGAUCUAGAUCGACAUCACGUGACAUAACUCUUGCUGGGUGUAAUAAGUGAACUUUGUUAGUCAAGCAGUUUCAAUUGACCAAGUGUGAAGGUUAUAUGAAAAAAAAAACAGUUUUAUAUGUGCAAUAACCAACUUGCGUCUUUCUUAUUGUGUCAACUGUGUGGUCUUAUUGAUAAACAAGUUGAAGCCCAACCACUGUGAAGCUCCAAUACUAGCUGUAAAUCAAGUAUUACAAUCAGGAUGGAGUCACUCGAGUCUUUAUACUGUGACAAAUCAAGCAAGGAAAAGAAAAAGAGAGAUUCAGACGUUCAAUUCUAUCCAAAGGCCUCAAAGCCUCAUUCAACACCUUUAACUUUAAAAUGGUUAAAAGAGAACUAUGAACUUGCUGAUGGUGUCUGUCUACCCAGAUCAACAUUGUAUCAACACUACCUGGACUUCUGUCACACCAACGACACCAACCCAGUCAAUGCUGCAAGUUUUGGAAAGAUUAUAAGACAACAGUUUCCUUUGGUUACCACACGACGGCUUGGCACUCGUGGUCAGUCCAAAUAUCACUAUUACGGUAUAGGCUUAAAGGGAGGUGUACACUACGCCCAGCUUGACUCUUACCAGCCCACAGUGAUGUUGAAUGAUGUAGCUAAAGAGUGUUUAAAAAAGGCGCCACCAUCUUGUCAGCCUAAAAUUAAAACAGUUCUUCUACCAGACUUUCCCAAUGUCAAGGAAUUACAUCUGCCUGAAUCACUCCCGGAGUCCAAGGUGGUAACAUUUGUUAUGAUGUACAGAGCUCAUUGUCAGAGAAUUUUAGAUGCCUUAACAAACUCAAGUUUCGAUGAGGUGAGCAGCUUCUUACAUCACUUCUGGCAAGGGAUGCCGUCACACAUGGUGUCAUUACUUCACCACAACCUUGUGGUCAAGCUGAUUGGCGUCUGUGAUUCCAUCUUGUACCACACUGUCACGAGUUCUGUUCUACCGUCGGUCACACAGCCCAUACCUGACAGCUUGAACCAACUCAUUCGCAAGUUCACAAAGAAUUUUGUAGAGUGGAUGAGGCAGGCAUUGUCUGGCUUACCAGAAGACCUUCGAGAAAUGAAACUGGAAUUAGCCAAACAUUUGACACAACUGUUGAAACGAAAGUUAUCCCUCAGUCACUUGGCCCAAGCGUCCAGGACAGUGCUGGCGUCACAGGAGGUCACAGGUCAGCUGCUUCUCGACUGGCUGAGCAUUGACCUAAACAGCAUCGUCAAACAGACCUUAUAUACGUUGAGCCAUUGCGCGGACAAGGAACAUAGGGUCAUGUCGGAAUUGUGCUACCAAUUUCAAAAGUUAUUAGAAGACCAAGCAUCUAUUGAAGCUUACAUUCAUUGGUUGGACACUAUGGUUGAUACAUGUGUUGUGAAGGUAUGUCAAAGAAAACCUGGAUCUUUUAGUCCUCUCUCCAGACAGUUUUUACUGAUGUGGUCGUGUUUUGGAACCAGAGUGAUUCGUGACAUGACAUUACAUAGCGCUCCUAGUUUUGGAUCAUUUCAUCUUAUUCAUCUGACUUUCAACGAUUAUGUUUUAUAUAAGAUUGAGACGCUUCACCAGGAGGAGAAAGUCAAUAGAUUUAUGCAGGAUUUGAAAGGGGAGAUAAGAGGUGAUCUGUACGAACAAGGUGCCCUGCCAGACCCGUCCUUAGUAAGAUGCUCAUAUAUGGACUCCACAUGUUUCAAUAAAACCUUACACUCAGACAGAGGCGCCCUGUGCUCAGAAAGUAGCUGGAACAGUUUUACAGACUCAGAUUACGACAGCAGAAGUGAAAGCUGUAACAGCGAUGAAGAGUCAUUAGAGCAUUCACCAGUUCAAUCAAGUAGUUCUUUCCUAGACUCGUGUGUCUACAGGACAAUGAUCAGAGACAGCAGCAGCUGCGCUUACCAAGCACGUCCACAUCAACAGGAAAACCAGCAGACGCAUCAGCCCAUGCAGAAGAACCACUACCACCAACCACACGUGGAACCUCAGCAUCAGAUUCCCCAGCAAGUCUGCUAUAGCGAAUCAUAUCCAGGAUGUCUCAGCCUACAGCAGCUUUCCCCAGGCUGCCACAACAUUAGGCCCGAGCCCAGCACUUUGAACAACAAUAGCCACUUCCUGUUUCCUUGUUCAAAUGAGCGCUCUAGAACUGGCGCUGUUUUCAAUACAAACAGCUCAGAUCUGCAAACAGCUCGGCCAUUUCAGCAAAUCCCUGAAGCUCACGUCUCAGGUCCUGUUAAUAAAAUGGACGGAUAUAAUACGUCAUAUCAAGGUAGCGCUCAUGCGCAUGCCAAAGACACGCCAACAGAAAAUGACGUCAGCUCCGAAACUUUUUCUUUGGGCUUUAUCGGCUCUUCUUUCCUGGAUUAUACAACCUCGUGGGGGUCGGUGUCCAAAAGAAAAUGCCAAGUAGACGUCACGAGAGACACUGAACAUGCCAAGCUGCCUAAACAGUUUAAAGAUUUAAAUAGUUCAUUAUUUUCAUAAUCAAUUCACCAUUCGUAUUCGCAUAAUUGAUUUCAGUAUUAA